AUGGCUACUCAGGACGGGGACGGGAGAAAUGGUGCUCAGUCUCAUCAAAAUACGAAGGAUAGCACCGCUUCUGCACGACAACGUUCACACUCAAAUGAUGAUCUCCAUUACAGUACUUCGUUCGAUGGUUGCAGAGCAGAAGGACCCGCCAGACUCAACCUGGUGAGUUGUACGAGCGAGGUGAGCACGUGGCAGAAGCAGGAGGCCACGUGUCAAGAAAGCGAGGCGCGGGCGACAUCUGUCGAAGGAUCCUCGGCUUUCACGUUCGCUGCUUGGCUCGACGUGAAAUUGCACGCCUUUUGCGGCUUUUCUUUCUGUGUUUGCAAGCGAGCAGUCGAAUCCGGAUGUCCGAAUGGCCGUUCGUUGCAUACCGGCGGCAGCGAGGGAGGAAGGGGAAAAGGGGCACCACUGCCACCAUGA